AUGGCGGCAUCUAGUAUCGCAACUCCACUAACUGAUAAGCAAAAAAGACAGCUAGAAAAGUUGCAACGGCGCAAAAAAUAUAGUGAUUUAGCAAUCCAAGGCACUAACAACUCAUCUAUAGCAUCCAAGAGGUCUGUUGAAGUUCUGUAUUGCAAGCAAUUAGAAGAGAAUAAAAGCAUUGAUAAUGGCGACGGAUCCAAGGAGUAUUUCAAGUAUUUUGUUCCCAAAGCGCCAAAACGCUCUCCCUGUAUCAACCGAGGGUAUUGGUUAAGAUUGCAUGCAAUCAGGUCGAGGCUGGAGCAAAUUGCAGAUUACACCAACAAAGAUAUUGUUGUUAUAAACUUGGGCUGCGGUUUCGAUCCACUGCCAUUUCAGCUGCUUGACGAAGAGAAUGCUGAGAACCGACACUAUGCAAAACGCUUUUCCUUCUUGGAUGUAGAUUAUGCUGAUCUCAUCAAAAGAAAAACGGAAAUCAUAAAGAGCACACCUGAGCUGGUGAAAAUCAUAGGAGGGUGCUUUGAUGAAAGUAAAAGUAACACGGAUGGGUUUAGUUCAGCGAAGUAUGAGGUGCUCGCGUGCAACUUGAAUCAACCGGAGUCCUUCCGUAAACUAUUGGAAAACAAAAGGCUUUCAAAUCGGGAUCUUGUUAAAGUAUUCAUUGCGGAGGUUUCCCUUGCUUAUAUGAAGCCAGAUCAUGCAGAUGCUAUCAUAUCAUUAUGUGCUACACUGCCGUCAUCCCAUUUCCUUAUUUUAGAGCAAUUGAUUCCUCAAGGCCCAUAUGAACCAUUUUCUAAGCAAAUGCUGAAACAUUUCAUCAAAAAUGAUUCACCCCUACAAUCAGUUCUGGCAUACCAAACUAUGAGUUCUCAAGUGCAAAGAUUUACACGAUUAGGAUUCAAAUUCGUGAAUGAAGGGGACAUGUAUCAGCUGUGGCAAUCGGUGGAUUCGGAUUCAAGAUUACGGAUUCAAAAUAUUGAGCCAUUUGAUGAACUUGAGGAGUUUCAACUUUUUUCACACCACUAUAUCAUUUUACAUGGGGCUAAUUUCGAAUGCGACUUCUCGCAUAAAUUCGUUGAUAGACCAAAAGUCGAAUCAUUAAGCUCUUUGAAUGCACAUUUUACCAAAUUAAAAUACUCAAUCAAUAGAAAAUUUGGUUCAGCUGUUUACGAUGCCGGAGAGGGCAAUAUAAUUUAUUUUGGGGGAUGCGAUCCUUGCAGAGUAAACGAUAUACAGAGAGUUGAUCCUCAAACAGGGGAGAAAAUUGAAAUUAAUUGCAUGAACUCACCCUCAGCUAGGAUGUGUCACACAGUCGUUGCAUAUCCUCACGGGGGUAAACUUUUUCUUCUAGGUGGUAGAAAAGGCCCCAUCCAAGGAUUCUCUGAUACGUGGCUGUUUGAUUAUGAAUCUAAGCAAUGGGAACAGGGUCCUGACUUGCCAGAAACAAGAUUCAGACAUUGUGCAAAAUUCAUAAGUGAAGACCAAAUCCUGCUAUUCGGUGGGAAUACUCGUGGUGCACAAUUCCUGAUAUUUGAACCUGCCUCGCGGAGAUUUAAAAACUGCAAGUUCGAAGGUGCCAAAAUGCUAGAAUCUCCACUUAUAUCUGCCUCCAUGGAUUAUAAUAUAGAGUGCAAUAAAGGUGUAAUAAUCGGUGGAUCACACGACGGCACGCAUGUCUCUAAUACUCUUUUUGUUUUUAGUUGUCGUGGCAAGGAGAUUUCCAUCCUGAAAGAGUUUUCACACCCUUUACUGCAACGGUAUGGUUCGAAAGUCACCUUUUUAAAUGAUCGAGAGAUUUUGAUAGCUGGUGGUACAAGCUCCGAUCGUCUUUUUGGCAGACACAAUGCCAUAAUCCUUGUUAAUAUAGAAACAGAAGACAUCAAAGAAGUACCAAUCGCGCCGGAGAUUUGGGAGCACUAUCCAUUGUUCUUGGUCGGUUUUGAAUUAUUGCUACUCCCAAACAACGAAAUACUUAUUAUUGGUGGUGGAGCGACAUGUUACGGCUUUGGUUCAGUGUGGAAUCAAGGUUUCCAGAUAAAACUCUGA